AUGUUGAACAGUCUUCAGUAUGAGUAUGUAAAUGAAGAAUCUAUCGACAAUGAAUUCAUAUGCACCAUUUGUCAAAAGCCACUUGAUGAUCCACGAUGUACACCAUGUGAUCAUAUAUUUUGCGGAAAUUGCAUUACCGAAUGGAUUCAAAGAAAAAUCCAUACGUGUCCUACAUGUCGACAACCUCUGCGUCACCAAGAGCUGACACAAGCUAAUCGAAUUGUGAGAAGUAUUGUUGGCAAAUUUCGUGUAAAAUGCAUGGCAUGUGUGAAAAUAGACUUAGAACGAAGUGAUUUUGAACGGCACAUGAGUACUGCAUGUCCCAUCGUCUGUUUGGAAACGGACAUUACGUGUCCAUGGACAGGAAUGCGUGAAGCGUUUAACAACCAUGUGACUAAUUGUAGUUAUCAAAAUUUGCGAAAAAUCUUCGCUUCACUAUUAGCUGAACGUCAACAACUCAAAGAAAAAGCAUCGAAAGAAAAAGUUGAUAUAGAAAAAUUCAAAGACGAAAUUCAGCAACUGAAAAACGAAUUGAAACAGAACCAGAUUCGUAAUCAGAACAGCAAUCGAAAUCUCGAAGAACUGGAAAAGCGGCAAAAAUGCCAAAUCGACGAACAUCGAAAUAAAUUACUAAAGUUUGAAGAACAAACAAGGAAAUUAGAAAGUCAAUUUGAUAGAUAUAAGAAGGAAGGUGAGACUCUCAAAGAACAGCAGAGAGCUGCAGUGGGAAGUUCUCAAAAAUAUGCAAUGCAACUAAACAAUCAGUUGACACAACAAUGCAUUGAAAAUAACAAAUAUCAAAGAGAAGUAGAACAUCUUAAAAAACAAAUGAGAGCUCAAUCCACUCAAAACGCGUAUGAAAUCUGGCAACUGAAAAACAAUGCAAUCCAUUAUAAUGCUGAUAGUAUUGAGUAUCAAGAUAUAAUACUGCAACUCAAGCAACAGGUUGAACAACAAAGAAUUCGUCUCGACGAACUUCGCGGCGAAAAUCAUGCUAACUAUGAACACAAUGCACAACUGGUGAAUCAAACGGAUUUUACACGAGAACAAGUAUCGUCUGAACGGUAUCGCUUGUCUCAUUCUGAUGAUUCGUUUAAAUCAAAUCGAAGAAAUCUGGGAUGUAACAAGAGAAAACGUGGGCAGUAA